AUGGAGAAAUCAUCUUACCUUUCUUUGCUUCUAUUUAUUUCCAGUUUGGUGCUGGGAUCCAAUGGAAGAGAAACAUCUGAUGGCCAUUCGAUGAAUAUAGCAUGUUGGAGAAAUCCAGUUGAUAUUGUGAUUGUUCUUGAUUCUUCGAGGAGUAUCUGGGCGCUUGAUUUCAAGAAACAGUUAGAGUUCGUCAAAAAUUUAGUGGACCAACUGGAUGUCGGUAUGGGAGCAACACAGACCAGAGUGGGCGUCAUGUCGUUUAGCAACUGGGCCCAAAUUGAAAUCAACCUUUACGAAUCGACAGAAAAAGAAGAACUAAAAAGAAAAAUCGACAAUAUCCGACAACUUCAAGCCAAUACAAACACGGGCGAUGCGCUGCGUCUUUUAAGAAACGAAGCCUUUAAGUUAGAACAGGGCUCAAGACCUUGGGUCCGGCAUAUUGCUCUCAUACUAACCGAUGGCGAGUCUCAGAACAAAACAACAACGCAAUUUGAGGCCCGAGCUUGUAAGGAUUCUAAAAUUGAGCUCUUUGCCAUCGGGAUUGGGGAGAGUGUCAGCUACCGCGAACUGAGAGGCAUUGCUAGUAAUCCCAAGAGCAAAUACUUUAUUCUCACCUCGGAUUAUGAUGCUCUGGAUCGUAUUCGACACGACGUGGUGAAAAAAACCUGCCAACCAGUCACGCCUAAACCAACAACCACCCUCAGUACACGUGCCUCGACCACAACAAUGACCACAUCGACCACGCAGACCACGCCGCCCAUGCAAACUAUGCCAAAGGAAAAUCCCAUUGCUGAAGAAGCUUGCAAGAAUAAAGUUGCCGACAUUUUUGUUCUGCUUGAUUCGUCUUCAAGUAUUCGUAUCGAUGAAUUCAAAAAGCAGAUCAAUUUUAUCGAAGAAAUUGUCAAGAAGUUCGACAUCGGCCCUUUCAAAACUCGAAUCGGAGUUUCCGUGUUUAGCCACGAAUAUUAUUCAAUACUCAAGUUCGACCAGACAAACGACAAACAAGAAAUCCUAAAGAUUAUUCAUAGCAUCAAGUAUCUUGGUGGAGGCACUGCUAUUGGUAAAGCUCUCAGUGAAAUGAGGUUGAAUGAGUUUAAUGCCAAUUCUGCCCGGCCAGGAGUGGAAAAGAUCGUCAUUUUGUUCACAGACGGUCAGUCAACCGACGCCGACCAAGCUUCGUUCGAAGCGAAAAAGCUGAAGGAAUCCAAUGUGAAGAUAUUUGUCGUUGGAAUAGGACCAUUCAUUGACCAAAUGGAACUGGAAGAUAUUGCAAGCCGACCGUCUAAAGACUUUGUUCAUACUUUCGAUUCCUUUGAUGAUAUGUUUGCGAAAGGUGGAAUACUUUCAAGAAAAACUUGUACCGUAGACGGACAAAUCUUUGUGAGAGAGCAGGAAGUUUGCAACGCCAGUCGAAUGACAGAUGUCAUGUUUAUGGUGAGCAAUAACCAUUUCGGUAAAAAGAAAACCAACCGCAUCCUGAAGGCGGCGGCCGAGGUGGUCAGAAGAGUUGGAAGCCGUGGAGCGUUUAACUUCGGAGUCCUCUUCGAUGAAUGUCUCCCUAAACAAGCCGUGAAAAUCGGAUCGAUUAGAGAAGAGAGACAACUCGUUAAUGAAAUCGUCAACUUCCGAUACGGAUCGAUCGCCUCGCUCAUUCGUCAGCUGCAGAUAGAUGAGUUUUCACCCUGGAGCAAUGUACGUCAUGCCGGGCUUCUUUUCUUGGAUGACACCGUUGACCUUCAAGACCCACAGAUAAAAAUGGAAAUCAAACGCGCUGUUGCAAAAGGGAUUCAGUUUUAUCCGGUAGUCAUUGGCGAAGAUGUUGACAUUGACCGGGUGGAGAACAUCAUAGCGCCAAAAGAACGUAUCAUUUUUGUUAAAUCAUAUGAUGAUAUCCCAUCAUCACUUCCUUUUGGCUUCACUGACAAUCUUUGCAAACCUGAAGUAUUUAAACCAGAAAUAUCAUAG